AUGAGCAAGGCCGCGCUAUGCCCGCAAGUACCGCCCCGCGGGGGAAAGAGGCUGGGGCAGCACAGCCAGGUGCCCGGCUCACCCCUCGCGCAGGCCCUCCCGGGGGGCCGCCUGUCUCGGGGCCCCUCCCGUCGCACGCCUGCCGCGCCGACAGUGAGAUUCCCUCUCGCGGGCUUUGGCCGUCGUCUCCCGCGCGGGAGCGGAGGCCUCGCGGAGGCCUCGCGGAAGCAGGAACCGGCUCGCCGCCCGCCACGGACCAGGCCCCCGGGGCGGGCGGGCCCUCCGGGCAGCAAAGCCGUUUGCGGCCGGGGCCGACCCGGAGCCGACCUCGGGAGGAGCGGAGCUGCUGCAGGUCCCCCCGUCACGGCGACGAAUCAGCCCCGCGGGCCCCGCAGCCCGCGACCCACCGACUCCCUCCCUCCUGCCCCUCCUCCCGAGACUCGAGGGGCCACCGCGAGCGCGUGCCUUCUGGCCGCCGCCGGGCCUCCGGAAGGCGGGCCAGCGCCGCACAAAGGACUCGGCCGCGAGUCCCGGGCCUUCCGCGCGGCGCGGGGGCCUCCGUACGGCUCGGCCCCGCGCUCGCCCCCCGCGCCGGGUGGGGAGGCCCUCGGGGCGCUGAAGGGCAGCGCGUCCCGCCCGCGCGCCGCCGCCUCCCCUCCGGCCCGGCCGGCGCCUCCCGCCCCCGGGGCCCCCGCGGCGUCCGGGACCCAGGCAGCCACGAGCUCCGGCGGCGCCCCCGCCGCGCGCCCCCUGCGCCCCCCGCGGCCCUGCCCCUCGGCCCAGCGGAGCGAAGCCGGGUCCCGCGCCCCCCACGCUGCCCGGCGCCGAAGCGAAGCCGAGCCCGCCCGGAUGCCUGGCACCCCGGCUCGGGGCCCGCGCCCGGGCCACCUUACCUCGCGCGUAGACUUGCCCGCCCUGGCGGGCCUCCCGCAGCCGCCGGGUCCUUCGUGGGGGGUCCGGUCGCCGCGCCCGGGGCGGGUCCGAGGAAGCCUCGGUUGCACCAGCUCCCGGCGCUGCCGCCCCCGCUCAGAGCCGCCCGCCCGCGAGCCGGGGGCCGCGGAUGCGCGUCACUCCUCGGCGGGCGAGUCGCUCCGGCGCACCCAUGGCUCGUCCCAGGGAGGCCAGGCCCGCCGCCCCGCGCCCGCGCCCGCCCGGAACCGCAGCCGCGCGCCGCCGGUCACAUGGCGUCCCUGCGGGCCGCGCGCGGCGGGGGAGGCGCCGGAGUCCCCGGGGCCGGAGGCGGGGCGCCUGGCGGGGAGCGGGCAGCGGGCACCCCGGGAAACCGUUGUGCCCAGCCUCACCCUGGUCUCGCCCAGGGGGCCCCGGCUCCCCAGCGCCCCAGAGGGCCCGUCCAGUAGGUCGCCUGGAAGGCUCACCACCAGCGGUGUGCAGAGAGAAAUGCGCCUUCCUACUCGGGUUUCAAAAUUUUCCAAAUACAUCUGAUCUAAUACCAGCAGGCUUCUUAGGGUCUACCCUAAAACAACAGGAGGUCUUCAAAAUUACUGGCUUUUCUUUUGAAUGAAGUAAUGACCGCUUUUUGCCUGAUUAACCCUUUCUGCUGCCCUUGAUGGCCUUUGGGUCCUGUCUGUAGGCGACAGUAUUUUGACACUAGGAAUUAGUUAAGCAUCCACAGCAAAGAGUAAUUUGCAGUGAAGGGAGUCCCAGCUGUGCCCGCCAUCCUGCAGGUACACGGUGCUGUGUUUCCUGACCCCCUUAGUAGCACUGGCAGGGUCUACUGGCCCCCUUCCAGCACCAGGAUGAACAUUUUACCUCAGCAGAUUUAAAACUGGUUCUGGCAGGGCAGCAGCCCCCACUGACUAAACUUAAUUUAAAUUAAAGUCCUAGAGCACACCUCUUCAAAUGUGUCUAUUGUCUCUGAUUGUCGCCUGGUUCAGUUUUGCAGGAUCACCUAUAUUUUAUCUCCUGGGGGCAUGGGGAAUAGGGUUCAAUAGGUAU